CAGCUCACCCUAGUGUUCGGAUUCAGAAAUGCCUGGUUAAACCACGCACAAUAUAUAGUAAAAAAAAUAGGAUCUUUGCAGGGAAGGAAGUUCGCAGUGGAUGGAAGAUCCGAGGAGGAGGAGGAAGUUAAGAAUAUUCCCCUGAAGUGGGGGGAAACAGCUGGAUUGCAGGCGACCUGUCCAGAACGAGGUGGUAACGAAGUGGCGAGGAUACAGUUGUCGAUCUGGCGGCGAUGUAAGGCCGGAGAGCUAUGCCUUAUAGCAAUGUUUUCAACCAGGCAAUGCAACAUGGCGUCUCAGCCCUUAGAAAAGUUGGACUCUUUGGCCCUGUUUCCUUGUGCCUCCUCUCGCUCGCCCUGUGCGCCGGGGUGCUGGACAGGCAGCGGGAGUGUCUGCCCUGUCCGGCGGGCUGCCGCUGCCCUGGCCUCGAUCUGUCCUGCACGGUUAACUGCUCCGGCGCCGGACUCCAGCGCGCACCCGGACUGACAGAGCUGCCUCGCAACGCCACUGUACUGGACCUUUCAUACAAUGGCAUUCUCUCACUCGAUGAAAACUUUUUGGACAAUUUGACUUCCCUGGAGAAAUUAUAUCUACAGGGCAAUAAUAUUAGUAUUCUUAACAAAGAAAUCUUCGCUGGUAGAAGAUAUUUAUCAGAUAUAGACAUAAGCAACAAUCAGAUAUCUACUUUAGAAGAUGGAAUAUUUGCAGAUUUAUUUAAUUUAAGUAAAAUAAACUUGAGCUUUAAUGAGUUUGUUUGUGACUGUAACCUUUCUUGGUUACCGAGCUGGAUGAAUGAGGAAGAAGCAAAUGGAAUGAUCAUUGUUGACAGUGAAUUCGUUAAGUGUGCCAAACCUUCAAAGCUAAAGGACGUAUCUGUGUUAAGUGUUAAUUUUUCAAGCCUUUUCUACGGGUCUGAGCUUGUGGCCUGCUUGCCUGACAGACAGCCAGUAGUGAACCUGUCCUCCGUGCUAUCGCAGAACUCCAGCAGAGAACACUGUAUUGAGCUCUGUUUUAAUGAGGGUGAACCAUACGCUGUCUUGGACAAUGAGAGUCACUGCCUGUGUGGCUCUGAGUUGGAACCGGAUUCGGUCCCUGCAUGCACACACGAGGCAGCGGACAGUGGGGUUAUUCAGGUCUGUGGCUGCACUAUCAUAGAGCAAGCUUUCAAAGCUACAAUUGCGAAUUUUGCCGAACCUCGCACUUUCAGCCUUUUUGAGGCUGCCCGGUUGACUGUUAAAACUUUAGUUAACAUUAGCACUUUCCAGUGGGACUUUGGAGACCUGUCACCACCCUUGAAUACGAGCAGCCACACAGUGUUCCACAAGUAUGGACUCCCGGGGACAUACCUGGUCAGUGUUGCCUUCUAUGUAGGCAAAAAGCUUACCUCACUGCACGUGGAGAUAAACGUCACCACUCCCCCAAGAAGGCUGGAGAUGAUGUGUCCUCUUGUGGUCCAAACGAACCAAAGCAUAGACGUUAGGAUCUACAACUGGGAUAGCAACAGUCUCACUGCAUCGUGGAGUGUUACAUCUAACAAUGACACAGAAAGAGAGACUCCAUUUUGUCCAUUAGGUGGACACUACAGCCAAAAUCACUGUUACGUAUUGGUGACAAACGUUUCCACUUGGCACACGGCUCGUCAGUUUUGUCGAUCUCACGGCGAUGGUGACCUAGCAACAGUGAAGAGUCCAGAAAUUCAGAAUUUUAUAGCAAAUCUUACAGGAUGCAAGCAUCCUGUGUGGAUAGGUCUCAGUGAUACUGCAAGUGCUGGAACACUGCAGUGGGUGGACGGGUCUACCCUCGAAAAUGAUCAGGACUGGUUGCCUUGGGAACUAAACAUGCUAGUCGAUGGAACAUGCGUGUUCAUGAAUGCAAGCCAUGAAGGAGAAUGGCAGGCAGACCUGUGCACUGCAAGGAAAAGUUUUGUUUGCAAAUACAGAGCUGGAGAGAGGAUUCCUGGAGCUGAUUAUCUUCUGGUGGGAUUGCCAGUGUUUAGGACACACUUACGAGUCAGAAAUAUCACUGUCAACAACAACAUCCCACCAUCUGUGGGGCUGGGGGAGCUGAUGGUCUUCCCGGGUCUUUGGUUCAGUCAUAAAGGGAACAUUUCAGUGAUUGAAAUGGCCACACAAAAGUUGAACCGCACUGUGCAGGUGAGGUUUCGGAUCUACCGACCAAGAUGUGCUGGAACAGACCUGCACCUUGUGACACCAGACAGUGAAGAAGUGUGCAUCUCCUUUGCUUUGUGCCUGUCUCGAGCUCGUGCCAACACGACUCACGGCUGUGCCGGUGGGUCCAAGUGGUGCGCGGCGGAAGAUGCUUGCUUGCCAUUCAAAGGGCCCUGCAGCUCCGACGUCUUCACGCGGUGCCCCAACUUAAAGCCGCCGCGCUUCAACAGAAGCCAUCCUAAUUACGACAUUGUGUCCGAGACCACCUGGAGUGUGCCUGCGGGCAGUGGUGCCCAUUAUGUGGUCCUGCUGGGAAACAAAAGCAUUGAGGUUCAAGCCAAUGACAUCAUCGCCAUCCAGCACAACAGUGAACCUGGCACGUUCCUUCAGUGUCAGCAGGAUGAGUCGUCGCCCUGGCAACAGAGUUACUUCAGUAUCGUCUACUCCAGUGGGAACGCCGAUUUCCGAAGCAACAUGACCAACUUCAACUGGACGGACAAAGUGAUAUGCAACCUGCGCCUCCUCUACAGUCACAGGCAGGAAGCCGUUGUUCGCAGCCCCUUGCUGCACAGGGGGCAGGCCUUGCCAGGUAAUUACACCUACCAGGCCACAAUGGAUGGUGGGUUGUCUCACAGCAACCUGUCCUGCACGGUACAGGUCGUUGCCCCGGUUACCGAUGUCAGUGUUAUCUACCCGGCGAAGCAAAACGGCGUGCAUUACGUGCCAAAGAUCCACCCCGUCAUCGUCAUCCGGGUGAAGUCCGCAGACAGGCCCUCAAUGAGCUGGUCUGGGAGCAACCAGACCUUCGCCUGCGAGACCACCUGCCCCGCGGACCUCAACCUCGCCUGCGGAAAGGAGAACUCUGGCACCUGUUACUCGCGGAUCCCCCUCACAGUCAAGGACUGCAACCUUACCAGUAUCGUCAUCACCGCGAAGAACAAAGUUAGCUCCGUGAACAAGACGGUGGCAGUGAGAGCUGAGGACUUGAUUGAAGGGCUGACCAUUAUGCCUGACCCAACGAUCAGGGUGCUGUCCAACACGCUUGUGACCUACACAGCAAGAGUAAGUGCUGGAACAAAUGUCAUGUUCAAGUGGACAGUUGAUGACAAGGCUUCCUUCAUACAUUACAACCAAGUCUAUAAAGUCAUCUAUCGAACAGAGGCUGUCUACAAGCUCUCGCUAAUUGCGUCCAAUCAUGUGAGCAGCCAAAGUAUUAUUUGCAACGUUACUGUGGACAGGAGGAAUCCACUGACAGAGUUAAAUGUUUCUGGUGUCCCAACCAUUCUCAUGCAAGGCAUCCCAUACACGUUUGUCGCCAUAGUGAAGGUGGAUGCUGCCAUAAAUGCUACAUUCAGGUGGUGUUUCGGUGAUGGAACUGGUGAUGUGGUUUAUCAGUUCAGCUCUCCCUAUAACCUUAGCUUUUCCGUGCCUCACCUGACAGUCAAGCAAGCUGUACUGCAACAUAAUGUUACUCAUGUCUAUCAUUGCCCAGGUGAAUACAAUCUCUCGGUUUCUGCAUCGGAUAAAUACGAUAACCUCAGUCAGGUCCUUCCACUUAGGGUGUACAGCCACCUCAGAAACAUCUCUGUCAAUGCCAGCAGCAAUGUCAUUGCCACUGGCAAAAGGUUGGAGUUCGAAGCCAGCCUCCUGCCGUCCACACUGGGUGUUACCUACCAAUGGCUCUUCGGAGACAACUCCAGCCAGCUAACAGGCAGCCUUCCAAGGGUUGUGCACACCUUCACCAAAGCUGGGAGGUACAACGUUAGUGUCCAAGCCACCAACGGCAUCAGCAACAUCGGUGCCCACUGCGUGGUGGACGUGCUGGAGGAAAUAAGGGGCGUGAACUUCUCGGAUAACAGCCCCACCGAACUCACCGCCCCGACUAUAGUCAGAGCCUCGGUGCAGUCAGGGACCAGCAUUCGGUGGUCGUUUGACAUGGGGGACGGGACCCCGCUCACCGACACCUUCUCCUCGGUGAUGAACUACACGUACUCUGCCGUGGGCAAGUACACAGUGACCGCCAUUGCCUCCAACCUGCUGGGCUCGGCCAACGCCUCGCGGGCCGUCGAAGUUUUCGUGCUGCAGGUGUGCCGGGUCACACCGGCGGGUUGCGUCCAAGAGCGGCUGGAGACCAACUUCACUGCCUACACGCCAGGAGACGCCGCCAACUACCUGUUCUUCUGGGACUUCGGUGACAGCUCGCCCAACGAGACCAUCAGCGGGCAGCCCAACAUUAGCCACAACUACACCAGCAGCGGCGAUUUCCCCCUCUACCUGGUGGUGUCCAGCAAUGUCAACAAGGUCAACUAUUACUCCAACGUGUGCGUUCAGCCAGCUGUCCGCAGGGUCGUGGUCACUCCGACCCAUGGCUUCAUCCAGCUGGGCAACGAAGCGAUGUUCUCUGCUGAGGCUUUCCCCGAGAGUCAGUAUACCUACCUGUGGGACUUUGGUGCCGGCAUAGACACCCAGAUUCGGGGCAGGGAGGCCAACCACACCUUCGGGAGUUCGGGUUUGUACUGGGUCAACGUGACCGCCUUCAACAAUGUCUCAUCAGCCAGCGGCACGGCCCGUGCGGAGGUCCAGGCACCUGUGACCUGCUUGGAGGUCCACCUCUAUGGCGGGUUCGAGCCCAACAACCUGGUGAGGGAGCAGACUUACGCUUUUGGGGCGGUCAGUAAUGGCGACAAAAUGAACUACAGCUGGGACUUCGGAGACGGUGACCUAGUCAGGGGCGCCAAUGUCACCCACAGUUUUGGCACCGUGGGCUCCUUUCGGGUGAAGCUGGAAGGGUGGAACAUGGUGAGCUCAAUGUGGAAGGAACUCAUAGUCUGCGUGAAGACGCCAUUGCUGGGGUUGAAGGUGGUGGCUAACCCUAGCAUCACGCCGGUCAACACCUCCGUCUUUCUCGGGGCCACGCUGUGGGCUGGUGGCACCGUUCGCUACUUCUGGACCUUCUGCCAGGGCUGCCGGUCACAAGAAGGUCCCGCCACCAUUAACCACACCUUUGGUGAGCCCGGCCUCUUCAACGUCACCGUCCGGGCAGAGAAUGGCAUCAGCUCGGUACAGGCUUGCGUCAUGGUCCACGUCCUGGAGGAGAUCGAGGGCCUGACCAUGGUGCUCGGUGACCUGGCCCAGAACUGCUGCCUGCUCACCAACCAGACCCUCUGGUUCCAGGCCACAAGCCUCUCUGGCACCGAGAUAUCGUAUGACUGGACCAUCUGGAAGGCAGGAACCCUCUUUGUCCACACCACUGGGAUGUCUUCUCAGGUGCUCUUUGAGGAAGCAGGCUCCUAUGAGAUGGUGCUCGAGGCCAGUAACCUGCUGGGCUCCAUGAACACUAGUGAGCUGGUUGCUGUGCUGGAGCCCAUCGGCGAUGUGGCACUAAGGGCAUCUCCUGAGCCAGUGGCGGUGAACGAGACCACCACCAUCAGUGCACAUCUGGACAGUGGUACAGACGUGAUCUACACCUGGGCCUUGGAUGCAAGUACCACAGUGACUACCUGCGUCCCCUCUGUCCACCACAAUUUCUGGACCCCGGGCCUGAAGCUCGUCAACCUUACGGCCGCCAACAGACUCAGCUCUGGCUGCUCGACCCUGGUGGUCCGUGUCCAGGAGCCGGUGGGCGGUGUGGACAUCGUGGCCCCGCGCUACGCUGCCACCAAUGCUACAGUCUCAUUCUGGGCGCUGGCGCUAAGAGGGACCAAUGUCUCCUGGCAGUGGAUACUGCCACAGUCUGAAGAGCAAGGGAGCGCCCAGCAGAUAAGUGGAUCAUUCCCACUGCCUGGUGUGUACACUGUUGGACUGAACGCUUCUAAUGACGUGAGUUGGGAGCUGGCCUUGAAGAACAUUACUGUCCAAGAUGAAAUACAGGGGCUGCAGCUUCUAGCCUCCAGCCAGGCAGUUGCCCCUGGGCAGAAUGUAAUUUUCUCUGUUCUGCUGUCUGCGGGGACUGAUGUUUCCUUCUACCUGGGCAUUAAUGAUACUUUCACGCUGCUUCAGAACAUCACAGAGUACACGUAUCAGUUCACACUCCUUGGAACGUACCAUGUGACGUUAACAGCACAGAACAGCGUUAGCUGCAGCCAUGCUGAUAUGGAGAUCAAGGUGAUAGAGCCCGUGAAGGGUCUGAAGUUGGUGGACUGUGAUGACUAUGCCAUUCCCAGUGGGGUAACAAAAACCUUCAGGGCCGAAGUGGCCAGCGGCUUCCAGAUAUCCUACCUGUGGCAGUUUGCACUGGGAAGCAGUUCUGAUCUCAUUGCUGGGCAGAAUGUUUCUUACACGCCAAGGGUGCGAGGACAGCUAAGCGUCCUGCUGAGGGCAUCCAACAAUGUAUCGAGCGAGGAAGUCACCAUCCUGGUCCUGGUGCAGCAUCCAAUUUUGUCUGCUCGACUCACAGCUUCGCCGCCUGUCAGCGUGGUCAACGAGUCGGUGCAGCUGAGUCUCUCCGUGACCCCCAGCUUCACAGAGGCGACCUUUGUGUGGAGGUUCGGGGAUGGGACCCAAAACCACGCAAACACAUCGGUCCUGUCCCAUUUUUAUUUGGAGCCAAGGAUUUACGUGGUGGAGGUCAACGCGUCCAACUACGUGAGCUUCUAUGUCGUGCAGGCCACGGUAACCAUUGUGGUGCUCAAGUGCGACCCGCCCAAGGUCAGCAUGAUUCUUAGCAACACCAUGAAGAGGUCUCAGAAGAACUACUUGGAGGCUGACGUGGACCUCAGAGGGUGCGCUGAGUAUCAGGUGGGUUACCAAUGGGAGAUACACAGGGCUUCAAGCUGCACCUCACUACAAGGAGGAAAUGAAGUUCAACCAAGAAACGUGGACUUGAAGAGACCCCGUCUACAGUUGCCCACCCUGUCGUUAGCUGUCGGCCGUUACUGCGUGCUGUUUACUAUUUCUUUUGAAGGGACCUCGUUUGUAAAGACCGCUCAAUCCAUUGUGAAUGUGAUCCCCAGCCCACUGGUCCCAAUAAUAGAUGGUGGAACAUUCAGAUCAUGGACAACCAUGCAAGACCUUGUGAUGGACGGUACUAGGUCAUAUGACCCUGAUCAGCCUCCUGAGAGACAAACACCUCUGGAUUACAUGUGGCUGUGUACAUACCCAUGUCGGGGACCUACAAGCUGUGGUAUAUCCGGAAACGGAGGCAUUUUUUCUAUUCCAAGAAAGGAGAUGAAACACAACACAAACUACACCUGCAGUCUGAAUGUCAGCAAACCUAACCGGGAGUCUCAGUCUGUCAAACAGCUUGUUUCCGUGAAGGGUGGCAGAUCUCCGCUGGUGUCACUGGAGUGUGUCUCCUGUAAAGCGCAGGCUGUUUAUGGAGUGAGCAAGAGCUCGUAUGUCUAUCUGUCUGGAAGCUGCAGCAACUGCAAAGGCACUCCCCAGUAUGUGUGGAAAGUAGAGAACUCUAAAAGGGAGUUGCUUGCCUUAAACAAUGACACCACUUCCACUGGGUGCAAUGGGAUGAACCUGGUCUUGAGACACGGGGUCCUGGAAGAUGGGGUUGGCUACACAUUCAGCCUGAACGUCUCCGAUCCACUAAUGGAGAGUGUUGGAUUUGCUUCGAUAUUUAUCCCACCUAUUCACCUGCCCUCCGGGGGAAGCUGCCUGAUAUUCCCGACAGAAAACAUCACCGCUCUGACAACCAGUGUCACCUUCACCUGCACCGGUUGGGAGAUGGCCGGCGUUCCUCUGGUGUACACAUUCAUCCUUACUCGCUGCGGAGUCGGUGGCAAACACUGCGACGAAUUCUACGUGUACAAGGGCAGUAGAUCAGAAUAUGGCGCCGUCCUGCCUCCCGGCUUCAGUUCAAACCGAUUCAACGCGUACCUCGCCGUCACUGUGCAGAACCAGCUCGGGGCCUCGGUGGUGGCUUUGAACCGGUCUGUGGUUAUCAACAUCACCAGCACCCCCGAGGGCUUUCAGAGUCUCACCGACUGGAUGGAGCUCGAGUCCGAGACCAAGCUGCAGGAUCUCUUGAAACAAGGGGACCCCCAGCCUACUGUGGAGUAUGCCCUCGCCCUGGUUACUGUGCUCAAUGAGUACGAGAGGAGCAAGAGCUACGGAAGGGAGUCAGUGAACGAGACCAUCAGCAGGAUUAACAUUCGCAGUAACAUCACGCUGGCCCUCACCUCACUGAAGGUCACCACCGUAGAUGAUAUUCAGCAGAUCUCGGCUGCACUGGCCCAGUGUACGGUCAUCAGCAGGGAGUUCAUCUGUGGUGAGUGCCAGAAAGAGACACUGUCAGCACUGGACAACAUGAUAACGGUCCUUCAGAAGGAAACAGGACAGGGUAAAAUGACACCCACCUCCAUCGGUGAUAACAUCCUCGACACUGUGGGUGGCCUGAUUGAUAUCACUAACCAGUUGGUCCCGGUUGUGAAUAAAGUGAACCAGCCAGUGACAAGUAAGCCUGAACUGGUGGCAACCAAGGCUUACGACCUGUCCAUGAAGCUGAUGCAGAUUCUGAUGGGUACGCGGGUUCUGAAUGAAGAGCCCUUGAGCGUAUCGGGUGCCAGGAUGCGGGCUCAGGGCAAGCGUGCUGACCCGGGCCACUUACUCUGCUUUGCCAACAAGUCCGGCUGCCAGUUCUCCAUCCCGCCGUCCUUCAACAGCGUGUUCUCCAACAUCAGCGACGUGACUCAGGUCAUGAUACUGGUGGACUCCAACCCCUUCCCAUACGGCUACAUCAAGAACUAUACCAUCUCCAGCAAGGUGGCAUCCAUUGAGUUCAAGAUGGAUAAUGGCUCACAGAUCCCAAUUGAGAGCCUGGACUCUGAGAAGGCCAUUACAAUUACAGUGUCUGCCAAUUCUGCAGUGAGAAAUGUCACUGUUAAUACAACAGUUAUCGCCCCACGGAAGUCAGUAAUGGUGAAUAUUACAUCUAGGAACUUAAAUAAAAGGGCUGGCCUCCACAUUCAGAUCACAUAUACAGUUUUAAAUGAUUCCAGAAGUUCCAUUGGGACGGAAGCCGAGCCCUUUAUCCAGGUUCUCCUGCACAAUUCAACAAAGCCAAGUGAGCAUUACUACAAGGCCAAGAAGAGGAUCUACUUAGAAUCAGUAGGAGGAGCAGAUCACAAGUUGUACACCUUCUUCUUGUCCCCAGAUAUGGAGGACACAACGAAAGACUAUUAUCUAAACAUCACAAACUAUUACUCCUCACGCUCUGUGCAAGCGUCCGUUGGUGUCUACACGUCCCUUUGCCAGUAUUUCAACAUGACGUCAAUGAGCUGGAAAACAGACGGGAUCUUGCCUUUGGAGGACACCACACCGGACAACGCUGUCUGCCUGACUCAACAUCUGACUGCCUUCGGAGCAAGCCUCUUCGUGCCGCCCAACUCAGUCGUGUUCAUCAACCCUCCAUCCUCGAUCAUGAGGAACUACAUAGUCCUCAUCACUUGUGGCAUAUGCUUUGCCAUCUACGCCGUCUCGGCUGUCAUUGUCCGGAAGCUGGAUCGGAUCGACAUCGGCCGAGUCGGAGUCAUCCCACUCUGUGGAAAGGAUGGGUUCUACAAGUACGAGAUCCUGGUGAAAACCGGCUGGGGUCGUGGCUCAGGGACCUCCUCACAUGUGGGAAUCAGCCUGUAUGGAAGAGAGGACAAGAGUGGUCAUCGGCACCUGGACAAUAAGGCUGCUUUCCACAGGAACAGCGUGGAUAUUUUCCAGAUUGCGACCGACAACAGCCUUGGCAACAUCUGGAAGAUUCGCGUCUGGCACGACAACAAAGGCCUUACCCCUUCAUGGUAUCUCCAGCAUGUAAUCAUCAAAGAUCUACAGACCAACAAUAUGUACUACUUCCUGGUGGACGACUGGUUGGCUGUCGACAAGGAUGAGAACGAAGGCCGAGUGGAAAAGGAAGUCCUCGCUGCAAGUGAAACUAAACUGAAGAGGUUGUCCCGCAUCUUCACAGCAGAAAUCCAGAGGGGAAUCUCGGAGGGACACAUCUGGCUUUCGAUCUGGGACCGGCCGCCCCGCAGUUGCUUCACCAGAGUCCAGAGAGUCACCUGUUGCCUCGCCCUGGUUUACCUUUGCUUCUGCACCACUGCGGUGUGGUAUGGAGUUAUAAGUGACAGAAGUAUAAGUAACCUUCCGGUCUCUUCACUGGUCCCUCUGAGUGGAGAGAGUGUGGCGGCCGGCAUCGUCUCCAGUAUAAUCAUCUACCCGAUCUAUCUAAUCAUAGUUCUCCUCUUCCGCAAGUCCCGGAGCAGGGCAGCAAUGACUGACUCAGGUCCACUUGAAUCGAAUGUGCUGGAAAUCGAUGACUACGUCGAUCCCUCGACAGCUGGCAGUUCCUUCCUGACCUUCGCUGACAACCUGGAGGAGGAUUACAAAGAGAAGCUAAAGACUGACCUAUAUGCAAAGGGCCUGCCUAGCUGGCCCGCUUACAACAGCUUGCUGAAUUGGCCAGACCUGCUGAAUGAUCAGUCCAUUAUAGAAAGCAAUGUUCCGAAGCUAAGGAGAGGCCGAGGAACCCGUCACCUCGGACUCGAGGCACAGCUGACCUCAGACGAUGAGCCACUCUCGCUUGUCUAUGAUCAAGCCAGGGCCAAAGCCCUCUCUGCUUCAGAUGAGCACCUGAUACAGCAAAUGAGCUUUUCUGGGAAUAAUGAGGUGUCAACCUCACAUGACAGUGGCCGGGUCUCUCUGGAUGUCGAGAGUCACCUAAUAUCUAAUCUAACGGAGAUAAUCAGUGGGAAUGAAGAGCUGCCAACAGAGGCAGCAAUUUUGCACAAGUCUGGUGACUUUGGUCAUGUCAUUCGGCCUACUCAAGGUAUUGGAAGACUGGCCACCACCAGAAGAAUAGCAUUCAGUGACCCUCCACAGCAGUGUCUGUUCCCAUUCUGGUGCAGUUACAUGGCCCACGCCCUCUGCUUCUUCCUCUUCACCAUCUCCUUCACCGUGUCACUUUGGAUCGGGGUUUCCUUCACCCCCCAGGUCGCUCUCAUGUGGCUCAUCUCAGGAAUCUUCAGCGUCCUCUCCUCGUUCUUCCUCCUGGAACCUUUGAAGGUUCUGCUUGAAGCACUUUAUUUCACACUGGUCGCCAGGCGUGUCCACCCGGACGAAAACGACAACCUUGUGGAGAGGCCACGCGUGGAACAGGUCUCGGAGAGAAUCAGGAAGGUCUGGCCCCCCCAAGGGUACGGCCUUCUGCAGGCUAGAGAGGAGGCCAAGAAGGUCCAGAUCCUUCACAGGAUGCUGAAGAACUUCCUCAUUUAUAUGCUGUUUCUGCUGGUCGUCUUGCUGAUUAAUUACGGAGACUCGUUCAGAGAUGCCCAGAGUCGCCUCCUGCACACUUCGAUUCGACAGGGUCUUGUCGGAGUAAGAAGAGGGGUGGAGUUGCAGAAAAUCAAAAGGUCAGGGGAACUAUUUAAGUGGAUGGCAGAGGCUCUGCUGCCAUAUCUCUACAACAACCGAAGCAGGACUUUGUUGGGUUGUGCACGACUGCGCCAAGUUCGUUCAAAAGUAAACCACGUUCAAUGCCUUCAGCAAGCUCCCCCAUCUCCAGUGACCAGACAAUGCUUACACUACCCCUUGGUUGAAGAUACCGGUGACUACGAGGUUGGAUGGAAGAGCCCAGUCACGAAUCAGAGCAACUCCUGGCUGUACUCAUCGCCUGAUCUAGCAGAGGUGUGGUACUGGGGCCAGACAACAGUGACGGACAGUGGAGGAUAUGUGCAGAAACUGGGCAGGACAAUGGACCAGAGCAACUCCACUCUGUGGUGGUUACAGGAGAACAACUGGCUGGACAGAAGGACCCGAGUGGUCUUUGUUGAGUUUACCCAGUAUUGCCCCAAUGUGGACUUGUUCAGCGUGGUCAGUGUGUUCGUAGAGUUCCCCGUGUCGGGGGGAGCAUUCACCGCCAUUGACAUCAAACCGUUCUCUCUGCUGCGCCUGAGUGAGGGCAUGGACUUUCUGCUUGUCAUGAUGGUCUUUCUCUUGCUGUUUGUCGUCUACUUCACAAUCAGUGAAGUGCUCCUGAUGUGUCACGAGGGCAAGGCAUACUUCCUCCAGUUCUGGAACUACCUGCAGUGGUCAGUCAUCGUCCUCAGUGUCUGCUGUGUGGCUGUGCAUCUGAAGCGCGCCAAAAUUGGCGACAAGCAGUGGGCCCAUUACCUUGCCAACCGAGACUGCUUCACCAACUUUUACCAGAUGGCGCAGUUGAGUCAGGUGUUCACCAACCUGGCUGCUGUCCUCCUUUUCCUGCUGACGGUUAAGGCUGCUCGACAGCUGCGGUUUGUCAGGAAAUGGUCCAUCUUUGGAAAGACCUUGCUUAAUUCUGGAAAGGAAUUAUUUGCGGUUGUUGUGAUGACUGGAGGUCUUCUUCUUGCCUAUACUCACCUUGGCUAUCUGGUCUUUUCCGCCAAUUCUGAUCACUUCAAGAGCUUUGGAGGCAGCAUACUCUCUCUGUUUGCCGUGAUCCAACGGGGGAUCUCCCUCCGGCACUGCUCCUUCGAGUGCCCAAGCCUGUGCUCCAUCUACUACAUCAGCUACGUGAUCAUCGAGAUCUGGGUGGUGCUGCGGCUCUUUGCGGCUGUGCUGAUCCAGAACUACCAGGUGAUGAGGCUGGAGUUGCACCGGCCGGCCGUGGAGCCCCAGGAGUAUGAGCUGGUGGAACUGUUCAUCAGGAGACUCAAGAUGUGGAUGGGAGUCAGCAAAGCGAAAGAAUUCCGCCAUAAGGUCAAGUUUGAAGGAAUGGUUCCCUUGCCCUCGCAGUCGUCCCGAGAUUCAAAGUCAACGUGUCUCCACACGGCCAGCACCAUCUCGGACAUCUCCUCUUCGUCUAGCGAUUCCACCCCAAUGGACACGCUCCCCCUGGCCAGCCCCAGCAAGGCAACACAGAUAGAGGUGAACAUCCACCGGCUGGUCCCGAUGGUCGAAGCCCUGCUGGAGCAGUUCGACAAGGUGAACAGCGUGACGGAGGACGUCUACCAGGUGGAGUGCAAGCUCAAGCAUGCCCAGGACAGGAUACAGCAAAGAAAAAUUCACACAAAGGCUGAAGAGAUGUUUGCAACAUAUAGGCGGAUGAGAGCCAGCAGAAGGCCAAGUGGCAGUCACCGCUCUUCCCUCCGAGCUCCAGGAGACAAGGCGAGGAUGAAAGACGUACAUCUAGGAAACAACCCAUUAGAAGCCUGCACGAAGGAAGCCCUCAAAGAGAAGGAACCCAAGGCACCUCGAAGAAAAACUAAAAUGGCAGACAAGAUGGGCCAACAAGUACCAGGGGAUCACCAAGUUCUCUCUAACCCCGAAUAGUUGUUGUAGACAAAAGUUCAAAGCAAAUUUAGUAUCAAAGUAUGUAUAUGUCAUCAUAUACUAGCUUGAGAUUCGUUUUCUCAGUGAGAGACGGUGACUUUUUAACUCCACUCCAAAAGGUGGCGCCACAAGCAGUUCUGCAGAUGCUGGACAUCUGGAGCAGCGCGCAAAGGGGCCAAGGAACUCAGUGGGUCAAGUCACCUUCUAUGGACGUUUCAGGUCCAGUCCCUUCAUCAGGGCUUGGAAGAGGGGAGAUGGGCAGUUUUGAAAAAAAGGGGCAGAUCAAGAGGUGGAUCUAGGUGAAGAGUUGAUGGGUAAAUGAGGGAGGGGGAGGACGGGAAUAAUGCAAGAAGUUGAGAGAUGAUCGGUGAAAGUAACAAGGUGUUGAAGGAGGAAUCUGAUAGGACAGUAGACCAUGAAAUGAAAAGGAAAGAGGAAAACAGUGGGAGAAUUUCCACCUAUCACCUCCCAACUUAAUACAUUGUGCCCACUCUCUAGCACCCCCCACCCCCAGAUCCACCUAUCAUCUGCCAGGCUUUGUUCGAACCCUUCCCCCCCCCCCCCCACCCAUCUCCACAAACUUUUUAUACUAACUUGCCACUUGCCAGUCCUGAUGAAGGGUCUUGACCUGACGUGUUGGCUGGUCACAUCCCUCUGGAAAUGCUGCCUGACCUGCCGUGUUCCUCUGGGGGCUUUGUAUGUUGCUAUCGAAACCAGUGGCCCAGUGGCCUUGACUUCUUUAAACAAAAAAGUAAUAGCUGAUCUAUCACUUUUGGCAUUGGCCCAACUUGUCUGAGCAGUAAAAGGUUGGAUUAUGCCACAUUCCUUCUUUUAAAAUCCUCUCCCCUCCCCACCACCUAAAGGCUGAAAUGGUUCAGCGUGGUGAUGGUAAAUGGACAGCUCCUGCCACCAGAACUGACUUGUAGUAAACAAUGCAGUUCCUUGUCCUUAACUCAGUCAACUAUGGGAAAUCUAUCUCCCUCUACCUUCACUAGAAUUUAAUGCAAUCUUUAGCAGCUAAACCGAGCACAUUGUCCAAUUGCUGACGUAUUGUUGUGGGGAGUCUGUUCAGCACAAAUGCUGCAAGAAAAAAAAGUCACAAAAUGCAUUCAAUAUAAUUGUAGGUGGCAGUAUGUGACAUUAUUCACUAAACGGGUCAGAACAAGCCUUAAAGGACAGAUAUUUUUAAGAGAUUAAAAAGAGUUUCAAAAAGGACAUAUUUUUUAAAAAAAUGGAGAUUUUUUCUUAAAGGACAGAUAUUUUUUAAAGAAGAAAAUCGUUUACUUUAUAUACAUUAACAAGCACUUUAAACUGAGGAUUGUUCAGAAGGAGAGAUUGUAUAAACUUGCUUUAGCCAUGCAUCAGAAGGAUGCACUUAUUUAAAAAAAUGCUGUUUUAAUCAUUUACUUUUGAACUGCAUUCAUUUGAUCAGUGAAGAGGAAACAGUGAACACAAUUAACUUUACAAGACAGUAUUUUUGCGUAUGUUGUGGUAGUGACACUUCUGUUACGGAAUUUGGAAAGGUCAGAUCAGCGUUAUUUUAACACUGAAACCAGAACAUAUUUCAUUAAAACAGUCCCAGCACUGCGAUGAGGAAGGAGAAGGCAGGAGAAUGAAUGGAAAUGGAUCAACCAUCAUGAAAUAGUAGACCACAAUGGGCUGAAUGGCCUAAUUCUGCUCCAUUGUUGGAUGGACAGAAGUAUUGUAAAAUGCACGUUAAACUGAGAACCUGUUACAUCUGCAACUGAAACAAGUGGUUGUGGGGGGGAGGGGGAAAUAACGGUAACUUUACGAGUGCACGUAAUAAUUACAGGGAAAACAAAUAUCACCACAUUCAAACAAGUCUCAAGAAACAAUGUGGCUCACCACCCUGAUGCACUGCUGGAGAAAGUAUUUGUGCGGAUGAAACAAAAAAAAAAUUGCAAUUAGAUUUUCUUAGCAAGUUACAACGUUCACUGUGUAAAUGUACAAAAUGGUUAUUUUUUGGUCCCAUGUAAUCAGGGGUGUGAAACCAUAGAGUAUUGGAGUGAAGAUUAAAUUUCUCAGAAAUAUGCUGGUCAUAAAACCACAUUAUUGUCCCCGCCGUGUAAGCAUUGAUUAACUUUGAUCAGGCACGGUGAUGGUCAAUGCUUUAUUGAUGAAUGGAUCCAUUUUCAUUAUGAACAUCACAGUACAGGCCCUUCAGCCCACGGGGCUGUACCUUUUAACCUGCUCCAAGAUCAAUCUAACCCUUUCCCUCUUAUAUAGGCCUCCAUUUUUCUUUCUAAGAUCCUCUUUCAGCCAUGUCCCUCUUAAAUGUCCCUAAUGUAUCUGCCUCUACCGUAAGCACGCUCCACACUCUGCCCAAACAUGUAAAAAUAAUUACCUCUGACAUCCCUCCUAUACUUUCCUCCAUUCACAUUAAAAUGUUGCCCCCUUUGUAUUAGUCAUUUCUGCCCUAUGUCUUGAACCCUGUUUACCCAGGUUUAAUUUUAACCAGGAGAUGGGAUGCCACAAAAGUAAUUCAUUAUUGCUACUUAACUUUGGAAAGACAGGUCUGGGCAGACUGUAAACAUGAAGCCCUCUUUCAUCUUCUGUGGUUUCCUUUCUCUGAAGACAGACUUAAAAGACAAAGUGACACCAAGUCGCUCACGGUGUGAGAGCCAAGAGAAUCAACAUGCAGGAUUCUCUGUUGAAUUUGUUCUUCACCCCCUGCAGAACUCUACCAAUCCCCAGCUUCUCUUCCUAGCAGCACCACAAAUGGGCUAACCAAAGGCAUUUCUUUCCCCCAACCCCAAAAACAUAUGACUGAAUUAUAUUUUUGUGAAUAAAUCAUGUGUUUCAGCAUAAGCUUUUAGAUUUCUCACUGAAAUGCUGCAGGAUAUUCAAUGAACACUUAAACUGAUAAAUAGGCCUGUUAAAAGGUUAUGUAGUGUUUUAUUAUAAGAUGCAUACAAUGUGCUUUUGUGCCAAAUGCUGAUUAAAAGAGUACUAAAGAUUG